UAGGGCUUCCUUAAGAGGCCUGGGUUCGGGGGGGGCCAGUGCCCCAUCCUGUGGUGGGGGAGACAGUCUUGGAGAGGUAAAGUGACCGUCCCUGGCCACACAGCUUAGUACAGCAGAGCUAGAACCCCACCCUGGCUGUGGACCUUCCGUAACCAGCUGGGAACAGUAAGGCAGAUGGGGUGGGCUCCUGGGCCCACUGUAGGCCUGGGCAGUGGGACUAGCAGUCACAUGAAGGGUUUCUGAGCUCCUGGUCUAUGGAGGAACAGGCCCUUAGGAGACGCCUCUCCCCAACGGCAGAGGUUUGGCUUUGACUGAAGAGGCCCACUCCCAUUCCUGGCACGGGGAGGCACCUGGGCUGAAAGCCAAAAUACAACUCCUGGGACCAUAGACGUCCUUGUCUUUCAGUCCUCGGACCCCUGCCCUCUGCCCUCCCUGGGAAGAUGUCUGUAACUCCCAUAUUUGUCCUAAGAGUCUGCAUGGUCUGGGGUGUGUCCUAAGGGGGAACGGGGAGGCUGAACCCCAGUUCCAGCAUUAAAUAAACAUGGUGCUUCGUGGGAACCAAGGGGCGUGUCUCUUCUCCAAAUGGGGGCCUGCUGAAUAGAAUUCUUGGGGUCUGGAGGCUUCAUUCAGAAAAAGAAAUCCCUCCCAACGCUGGAAGCCAGACUGGGCCCCUACACUAACCUCUAGGACCGUCCCUCUGGAAACUGUCGGGGGACUCUCCCUCCUUUCCCCUUUUCAAACAUCUUCCUGGGGCAGAGGUCAGCUCCAGCUUUCCUUGGGCAUGAGGAAAUGAGUGAGACCUGGACUGUCUGGGUCAGCAGUGGGGCACGCUGCCGUACCCAAACGCCCCAAUAACCUCCUCUCCAGUGUCUGGCAGGCCUGCCCAGGAAAGCAGAAUCAAUCUUUCAUGCCAGCCCCCUCCUGUCCAGUCAGUGCCCCUAGGUCCACUGGGCAGCAUGUUCCAGGCUCCUGGCCACACUUGGGCAACUUGAGUUAACCUAGAGCCUUCAGGAGCAGGGAGAGGGCCUGGGAGUGCUGAGUGGAGCAGCCAGUCAGCAUCCCACUCUCACCAGGGCCCUACACUGGACCCCUGCACCCCCCAACACAGAGGCAGUCUGGCUGCCUCCCCUCACCCCAAACAAUGGGAAGAUGGAGGCCAUCCCCCUGCUAGGCAGAUGGCUGGGCCCUUCUCCUCCCUCAGCUGAACCUGUGCUCAACCCUGGCUCCUGUCCCUUGACCUGGGGGGUUACUGAGAAGCCCAUCUUCCCAGUGCCCUCCUCGUAACCUCCUCCUGUCUGUGGAGGACAGCCUGACUGCCCUUCACAGGGAAACAGGAGACAGGGCCCCUCCCUCCAGCCAUCUCCACAGACCCACUCCUCUCUUGCUACCUUGGACCUUACUGGGUGAGGCCUGUCCAGGCUGAGCCUACCCUCCCCCUCUCCAGAGCCCUCCCUGGACCCUCUGUCCCCAGUAUAAUGGUGCCGGAAUCUCUCACAUCCUUUAACAUAGAGCAACACGUACAAUCCUUUCUUAGGGGGAAGCAGGAUACACCAUUCCCUGGAGCAGAGUCCCUGGAACAGACUCCCCCAGGCCUCAGGACAUAUGCUUAGCCACUGAUGCCUCCCAUUACAAUUCCUUCCACUAACUCAGCCUGCCUGAGCCUUGCUGGGGCGGGUUCCAACAGGAUCCCAGGUUCACCCACUCCACUCCACAUGGCACAUGGCUUUCACAAACCCCUCUUGAUUUCACAGCACCCCGGUAAGACAAAGCCAGAACCACAACUAGACUACCAAUCCUGCUGAAAUGAAGAGCUGAGGCUAAGGGUUGGGCAGUAAUCUGCCUGGAGCUGCACGCAGAAUCCCGGCAGAGCCAGGGCCAGGUCCCAGGUGUCCUGCCCCAUCCAGGUUCUUGUCAAGGCAACCUCCCCCGAGUCUGCUGCCCUCUUCCAUAAAGGCAAACCCCCCUUGCCUGCCCCAAAGACACCAGGCCCAAUGGCCUUUCAUAGAGGCAGCAAAUGAUCAGACACCAACCCAGGGCGCCACCUCUCUCUGGCUCCAGGACUCCAGGCCGGCCCAGAGCUGCCUUGUUCUCUCCCCCAUACCGCCACGCCUGCCUGACUGUACUCCAAGGGCGGGUACCUGGUUGAAUGAAAGCCAUCUCAGCUCAUACCAUACCACAGACCCAGGGACCAUACGCUGUCCAUACACGCAGUCCACGAGACACAGCCCCCUGUUGUAUGCAGACAGACCCCUGUCACAGAGAUAAACAAUCACACAGAGAUGCAGACAAAGACAGGGACAUGCAAUGCCUGUAACCAGAUACACAAAGUCCCACAAUGACAUGUCUGCUGUAAAGCAGGAACACAGACACUGCAGAGUCACAGAGGCAGGAGGAAAACCUAGACCUCUAAGCUGUGCAGUCACAUUCUUAGUCACAUCUGCCCCAAUGCCACACAGUCACCACAUCCCCAUGCACUCCCACACGCACAUACAAGUACCCUGGAACACCUGCCUGCACACACACACCCUCACAUCCACGUAUCACUCGAGGGCACAACCAGCGCCAGAUCACCCCCAGUCUGGGCACAUGGAUCCCAGAGUUGCACAGUCAAUCCUACACCUACUCCUGGCUCCUCCCUUCUCCCCCUCCCAGUGCUGGUCCAAGAGCAGAACAAAAGCCCAGUGUCCCCUCCUCCCCUUCCCCCUUAACUCUCCCCUCCCCACCCACCCCCCUCGACCGGCGUCCAUCCCCUUUGUCCUCCUGCAGCUGAGCCUGAGCGGGAGUCCAGGCAGAGUGGCAGGGACAUUGCGCCCAGGCUGCCAGGCGUGCAGGCGGCAGGACAAACAGGAGUGGUCCGUGCAGGAGCAGCAGUGCAGAGUGCCCAGGAGAGGUCAUGGCCAGGAUGCUGAAGGGCCCAGUGUUGGAGGAGUCGGAGUGGGGCUCCGAGGCGCCAUGCGCGGGGUCCUGCCACGCGCAGCGUGUCCUGCAGACCCUGAACGCAUAUCGGCGGAGCGGCAUCCUCACCGACGUAGUGCUGCGAGCCGGUGGCCGCGACUUCCCAUGCCACCGCGCGGCGCUUAGCGCGGGCAGUGCCUACUUCCGCAGCUUGUUCGCGGCCGGGAGGCCAGAGCGUGGCCUGGCCGUGGUGCCCGUGGUGCCCGAGGCGCCAGGCCCCGCCGGGACAGCGGUGGCCACGGCCCUGGCCGUAGUGCUCGACUACGUGUACUGCGCGGGCGUGCGGUUGCGCGCGGAGGACGAGGCGGCCGCGGUGCUGGCGCUGGCUGAGCGGCUGGGCGUGGCGGGCCUGCGUGAGGCCUGCGCGCGCUUCCUCGAGGGUCGCCUGCGCGCCGCUAACAGCCUAGCGCUGCGCCGCGUGGCCGCGGCCUUCUCCCUCGCCUCUCUGGCUGAGCGCUGCGGCCGCGUGCUGCGCCAGGCGUUCGCCGAAGUGGCGCGCCACGCUGACUUCUUGGAGCUGACGCCUGACGAGGUGGCAGCGCUGCUGGCAGACCCGGCGUUGGGCGUGGCGCACGAGGAGGCCGUGUUCGAGGCGGCCAUGCGCUGGGUGCGCCACGACGCGCCGGCCCGCCGCGGCCAGCUGCGCCGCCUGCUGGAGCACGUGCGACUGCCCCUUUUGGCGCCCGCCUACUUUCUGGAGAAGGUGGAGGCCGAUGAGUUGCUGCAGGCGUGCAGCGAGUGCCGCCCGCUGCUGCUAGAGGCCCGCACCUGUUUCAUCCUGGGCCGUGAGUCUGGCGCACUUCGAGCCCGGCCGCGGAGAUUCAUGGACCUAGCUGAAAUGAUCGUGGUCAUCGGUGGUUGUGACCGAAAGGGGCUCCUGAAGCUGCCCUUCACCGAUGCCUACCAUCCAGACAGCCAGCGCUGGACCCGGCUGCCCAGCUUGCCCGGCUAUGCUCGCUCAGAGUUCGCAACGUGUACUCUCCGCAAUGACAUCUAUGUUUCUGGAGGCCACAUCAACAGCCGUGAUGUCUGGAUGUUCAGCUCACAUCUGCACACCUGGAUCAAGGUGGCCUCGCUGCACAGGGGCAGGUGGAGACACAAGAUGGCGGUGGUGCAGGGGCAGCUGUUCGUCGUGGGCGGCUUCGAUGGCCUGCGGCGACUGCGCAGCGUGGAACGCUACGAUCCCUUCUCUAACACCUGGGCGUCCGCGGCCCCGCUCCUCGAGGCAGUAAGCUCAGCCGCUGUGGCCCCCUGCGCCGGCCGGCUCUACGUGAUCGGGGGCGCUGGGCAGGAUGGCGUCAGCACCAACAAGGUGCAGUGCUUUGAUUCCAAGGAGGACCAGUGGAGCCUGCGGUCACCAGCUCCCUUCUCACAGCGGUGCCUUGACGCUGUCUCCCUGGAGAACACCAUCUAUGUGGUUGGCGGCCUUAUGAGCAAAAUCUUCACCUAUGACCCUGGCACAGAUGUCUGGGGGGAGGCAGCUGUCCUCCCCAGCCCUGUGGAGAGCUGUGGCGUGACUGUGUGUGAUGGGAAAGUCCACAUCCUCGGCGGGCGGGAUGAUCACGGGGAAAGCACCGACAGGGUCUUCACCUUUGACCCCAGCAGUGGGCAGGUGGAGGCCCAGCCAUCCCUGCAGCGCUGCACGAGCUCCCAUGGCUGCGUCACCAUCGUCCAGAGCCGGGGCAGAAAUAAAACCUUCUUCAAAGGUCGAGUCUGUGUUCCAGCUCAAGCCUCCUUUGCCUGGAGAAGUAAUGCCCAAUAUCUGCUCCCUGCUAUGUCUCUUUACAAAGCACUUCAGCACUUCACGUUACUUCAUUUACCUUCAUAAUAACAGUGUGGACAUUUAAAGAAUCAUGAAAUAUUUCAUGCACAAAAAGAAAUAUAUUUGUACAGUUUAAAAAUUAUAAUAAAAUAAAUAUCUGUGUUCCCACAACC